AUGAAGUUUCCUAUCUCACUUUUCAUUAUACUUCUCUUCAUUGUCUUCUUACCUAACCCUUCCCAUUCCCUCAGCCCAAAGACCUUUACUUCAACCCAAAAAUCCUUUCUCCAAUGCCUCAACUCCGCCUCCUUCCCUUCUAAUCUCAUUUUCACCCCAACUAACAAAAACUACACAACCAUUCUUUACUCUUCCAUAAAAAAUAUUAGAACUCUCACCAACUCUUCUAAACCUCUCCUCAUCCUCACCCCAAGUAAGGAAUCUGACGUCCAAUCCUCUGUUUCCUGCUCAAAAGCAUUGAAUAUCCUCAUAAAAACUCGUAGUGGUGGUCAUGAUUUUGAAGGCCUCUCAUAUGCUUCAACGUUAACCGAUGCAUUUAUAAUCAUAGAUCUCCAAAAGCUUAGUUCUAUAACUAUUGAUUCGUUGAUGAACACAGCUUGGGUUCAAGCUGGUGCUACUUUAGGAGAACUAUAUUAUGCUAUUGCUAUGAAAAGUAGAGUUGUUGGAUUUCCUGCGGGUUCUUGUCCUACUGUGGGGGUUGGUGGUCAUUUCAGUGGUGGAGGAAUAGGUACUAUUAUGAGAGCUUAUGGCAUUGCAAUUGAUAAUAUUAUCGAUGCAAGAAUUGUGAAUGCAAAAGGUGAAAUUCUUGAUAGGGAAGCCAUGGGUGAAGAUUUUUUCUGGGCCUUGAGAGGAGGAGGCGGAGCAAGCUUUGGAGUCAUAUUGUCUUAUAAGAUAAAUCUUGUUCAAGUCCCACAAAAGGUCACAGUCUUUACAAUUUCAAAAACACUAGAAGAAGGUGCUACAAAGCUCAUCAAUAAGUUUCAGAAUAUAGCUUACAACCUCGAUAAAAGAAUAUUUUUGCAAUCAAUAUUGGCGCCAGUGAAUAAAGAUAACACAAAUAAAACUAUUCAAGCCACUUUUAGUUCUUUGUUCCUUGGUCAAAAAUAUGAACUUAUUUCUAUCUUGGAACAAAGCUUUCCAGAAUUAGAAUUGAAGGAAAUAGAUUGCUUAGAAAUGAGUUGGAUUGAGUCAAUUUUGAAAUUUGCUGGUUACUCUUCUACUUCACAUUUAGAUGUUCUACUUGAUAGAAAGCCAUGGUCAAACACUACAUCAUUCAAGAAUAAAUCAGAUUUGAUGACUUCGCCAAUAAGUGAAGAAAAGUGGAAAGAGAUCUUUAAAUUUCUUCUUGAGGGGGAGCAAUCGCUUUUGAUGAUUAUUAACCCUUUAGGUGGAAUGGUGGCAGAAGUCUCUGAAAAUGAGACUCCAUUUCCCCAUAGAAAUGGAAGCAUGUAUGAUAUACAAUAUAUCACUCAAUGGACUGAAGAGGGAAUGAGAAAAACACAGAAGUAUUUGGAAUGGACGAGAAAAUUUUAUAAGUUUAUGACCCCUUAUGUUUCCAAAGAUCCAAGAGUUGCUUAUGUUAAUUACAGAGAUUUGGAUUUGGGUACUAAUCGAGAAGGGAACACAAGUUAUAAGGAGGCAAGUGUUUGGGGUGAAAAGUAUUUUAAAGGUAAUUUUAGAAGAUUGGCUCAAGUGAAGAGUGAGGUUGAUCCAAGUAACUUUUUUAGAAAUGAGCAGAGCAUUCCUCUACUCUUGUGA